AUGACUUUAUUUGUGAAAUCAGAAGGAAAUAUGGACUGCCGUUUUUCUGGAAGCGAAAGCCCUUGUUUCAACAAUGGUGUUUUACUUGAUAAACUCUGGAAAACAAGCAAGCUCUUCAAGUUUCUUCUGGACCAUCUCUCGCUGCAGCGGUACCAGUCGAUCAUUUCAUGGGAAGGAGCCGAUGGAGAAUUCGUGAUCCGUCGACCGGACCAAGUGGCUCUUUUGUGGGGAGAAAGAAAUUGCAGACCAAACAUGACUUAUCAAAAAUUCAGCCGUGCAAUGCGUUAUUACUACCACAAGAAAGUACUGACCAAAAUUCGCGGUCGAAAGUACGCCUACAAGUUUAACUUCAAAGAGCUUGAGGUACAGUACGGUUACUACAGAAGUAAACCGUAUCCUGCUUCUAAGAGUCACACAGAAAGCUAUGCUAUUCCAUCCAGUUAUGACGCCUUUCACUAUUCAGACUCCAUUAACAAUUUUCCUGCAGCAAUGGGGUUCAUUAGUAACAGCAGUUACGGUUAUCCCGCCACAAUGGAGUUCGCAAGUAAUGGUAGGUACGAGAUUCCUGCCAAUACUCAUGGUUUCCAGUUCUUUAAAAACGACGUACGUUUUCAAAAUGCAGAGAUGUGA